CAUUCGUCUAGAGUUGUGCGUCGAGACCAGGCUGGCUGUUUUGUUAGUUGUGUCCGUCGCAAUUUCAGGGGUUUCUGCUUUGAUCGAAAAAGACGAUCUUCGUCCAUCUUGAAGAAAAGUGAACAAAAGUGAAGCUCUACUUUGAAUUGGAAUCAAAGAUGGCGCAGUAUCAAACAUGGUAAAAGCUGCAGCAACAACGCCUCUAAUGGUCGUCUCUGUUUUCCGAGUGCGUGGUUGUGCCGUCAGCUCGUCUUCUCUCCACUAGUUUUUCAGUGUCGGUAGCUCUAGAAUUUUCCCGAAAAAGUUGAAAACGAUAACUUUGGAUACGACACAGACACACACAGUUUAGAGCCGCUAUUGCAUAAUGUGGAAUCGUGAUGGAGGCCACAACCUUGCAGCAAACCUGACCUCGUGAUGGGAAAUGAUUAGGUCAUUAUUACGUGCCAUCGAUUGUGGCCUUACCAAGAAGCAUCCCUAGUAACAAACGAUUGGAAACAUAGUGAAUCAUGGACAAAAUGAGCGAGACAUUACCAAGUUCGAGCCGGGAGAUGCGGAAUCGUGCGGAGAAGCAACGGCGUGACAAGCUCAAUGCCUACAUUUCGGAGCUUUAUAGUCUCGUUCCGUCAGCGGCUGCCGCCCCUAGGAAGCUGGACAAGACGAGCACGCUCCGUCUUUCGGCAAAUUUUUUGCGCAUCCAUCAAAAUGUGGAUUUACGAAUGAAGCCGUACAACCGAUGGAAUGCUUUAGCUGGUCAUUCAAUCUUAGAGAAAUUGGACUCCUUUUUGCUUGUCGUCUCGUGCUGCUCUGGCAAGAUCAUCUACGUCACGGAUCGAGUGGAGAAAUUGCUCGGACAUGCGCAGGUCGAUAUGAUGGGCUACCAGUUAUCCUGUUUUGUCCACCAGGCAGAUCAAGAUGCAAUUGAAAAACGGCUCAGUGCUUUUGCUGCACAAGUGGCUGCUAAUCCAGAUGCUUCAGAUUCUGCCGAUGGACAAGUCUAUUCAUUCGAAUGUCGCCUAGCCGGACGCCAACUCAGUCGGGGCGAACCGACCGUCUAUGAACGGGUCAGUGUCUCAGGGACUUUUCGAGGCCCUCGGAGAAGACGUGACUGGGCUGAUCUCAAAAGCAGUGAUAGAUCUGUGGCAACUGUUCAACAACACAACGACUACAGCGAGCCGCUUUUUAUUGGCUUGGUGCGCAUUUUACAAACACCCAACACUUUACCUCCAUUGACGAUCAUGCAAGCUGUUCAGGACGAGUAUAUCACUCAGCACACAACCGGUGGCACCAUUAUACAAACCGAUCAUCGCAUCGCCAUCAUUGCUGGUUAUCUGAGUGGCGAGGUGACGGGCAUGUCAGCAUACGAUUAUGUUUAUAGCGAAGAUUUGGAGUACACUCUCAAAGCUCAAAGCCUCAUGUUAACUCGGAGUGAAGGAAUGGUGACUUAUCGCCUAAAAACCAGUACGGGUCGUUUGAUUUUCCUUCGAUCAAGAGGUUUCAUCCAAUACGAUGAAAACACGAAGGAAAUUGUGAGCUUCUUCUGCAUCAAUUCACUCAUCGACGAAGAGCAAGGAAUGAAGGAAAUGCAGGAAAUGCGGGCCAUGUUAGACAAACUUAACAUUGCAACUGUUACGCCAGCGAUAGCGUCAUCGCCAACGAGCACGAUUGAACCAGUUGGAGCAGCUUCUACUCAAGAGCCACUUUCUCGUUGUGUUCGGGCGUCAGUGGGGAAACCACCGCCUUCUUUUUCUUCUAAUGGCUGCCACCUUGCGAAUGGGUCUAGGGUCUCGGGCCUGCCUAGAUCCAGUAUUAUGCCCAACGGACAUAACAGUUUAUGCAUUUCACCCUCCUCUGAACUUCAGUACUCCCCUUCAGGAUCGUCUUCGUCUUCUUUCAGUGAAGAACGUUGCCAAUCUUCUACACCGCAUUCGCUCGUGUCAUCUCCCAUGGAAAUUCCUAAUUUAGUUGCUGUUUCCUACCCAUUUGCACCCAUACCUUUCCCAUGGCGACCAUCGACAGACUGUUCUCCGAUCACCACGACAUCUAACGGUCACGUUAACACUAGAGAAGUUAGCAAAUCCCCCGAUGUCGAUCAGAGCGAUCCUCUUGGUGAACCAGGAUUGCUGGCUCUUACGCUGGAUCAUCAAUGGGAAACGGCUCCCAAUAGUCAGAGCAUGAUCGUCCAGCACAAUGGGCCACAAAGUCAUCAGCAGUCCUUGGUAGCCGUCAGUCCCCUUCAAGCUCAUUUGCUUCAGUCAUCGCCAAACGAUAACAUAGAACCGAUUCGGUCCACCCUGAAAUCGCCGCCAUCGUCCACCAGCUGUCCCGUUCAACCUCCCCACCAAUAUCAGGAAGAUGCUCUGAAAAUCUCGAUUCCCGAUCGUUGUCCGACGAAUGAACUGAGUCGAAACAACUGUCUCAACGGCUACAUCAUUUGGCCUCAAAAGAUGUCGCCCAAAAAUCGAAAGGAGAAUCUUAUAUUGUCGUACUUGGACGUCGACAAGCAUGCCUACAAACAGCCAGAGAUUACCGGAACUGCUGACCAGCACUACUAUCAUAGUGAUUUAAAAGUGAAUGCUGGAACCAACAGUGCAUAGAUUUAGCCGUGACGUUUUUUCUAGAACCGCAACCGGUGUACGACAUGUGGAAGAAGAUUCACAGUGACUGACGGUAUGAUGCCAACGAAAGUCUUGAAGAUUUGAUGUCUUCUAAUCAGCUGUUUUAUUCAUACGUAUCACUUUGUCCGAGGGAGAAAUCGUGUUCAUUCUUCGUUUAAAAAGAGGGAAAUCAAAUCCUUUUUUUUUU